AUGCAUGCGAGUGCCCCCAGGUUGCCUGUCCGGCAGCUGCUCAUUCUUUCAAUAUGUCGAUUCGCAGAACCUAUCUCCGUCACCUCGUACCUGCCGUACCUUCCUGAAAUGAUCGAGAGUGUCGGCGUCCAUGAAUCUGAAGUUGCAAAAUGGGCCGGACUCACCUCGGCUGUCUCAUCCUUUUCCCAGGCGGCGAUGGCUGUCUACUGGGGCACGGCCUCGGACCGUUUUGGGCGCAAACCCAUCAUCUUGCUUGGAUUAACUGCUACCAUGAUCCUCUCCUUAGCAUUUGGUCUCUCUAAAUCACUGCCUAUGCUGAUGGCCUGCCGUGGUAUGAUUGGCUUUAUGAAUGGAAACGUUGGUAUCAUCCGAACUAUGGUGGCUGAAAUGGUUCCCCAAAAGGAACUCCAGCCUCAAGCCUUCAGUAUUAUGCCCAUGGUAUGGACUAUUGGUAGUAUUUUUGGUCCAUCUUUCGGAGGAUCACUCGCUCGACCGGCGGAGAAGUUCCCUGAGAUCUUCGGCCACUGGAAAUUUUUCCAAGAGUUUCCUUUUUUAUUACCCAAUCUAGUGUCUGCGGCCUUUUUCAUCGUUGGUAUCUCUACUGGUUUUCUGUUUCUUCAUGAAACUUUGCUCGCGAAACGGGGCCAUCGCGAUCCUGGAUUAGUGCUUGGUCAGGUCAUCACACGCCCUUGUACCCAUCGACGCCGAAAGGCCUCUCAAGUAAUGGUAGAUGAUGAGAGGACUCCUCUCCUUGGAGAACGUCAGCCUACUACCCAGCCACAAAAGAAAGUCGAAGUGAAGCAGCAUACCUGGAAGGAGGUGCUCAGCCCGCAGUCCGCCCUAAUCCUGUUGACAUACACCUUAAUGUCAGUACACACUAUGGCGUUCGAGUCGGUUCUACCUGUGUUCCUUCACAAUCCCCCCCAACUAUUUGAGGACAACCCGGAUGUACAGCUCCCGUUCAAAUUUGUGGGCGGGUUCGGCAUGGAUUCUCAACGCAUUGGUAUUCUCUACACUAUAACAGGGAUCAUAGGUAUUGUGAUGCAAUUCUAUGCAUUCCCAGCCGCGGCAAGACGUUUUGGUGUCUUGAACUGUGUUAAAGCCUCCGCUGCUGCCUUUCCCAUCAUAUAUCUCCUCACACCCUACGUAUCCCUCGUCCCCAAGUCCAUGCGCAACGUCUCAAUAUGCUUGAUUAUCCUAUCCAAGCUUACAGCUUCCAUAUUCAACUUCCCGGGAACCACAAUUCUGCUCACAAAUUCGGCCCGUAGCCUGGGUAUUCUCGGAACCCUUAAUGGAGUUGCCACGAGUACGAGCGCACUCGGACGUGCCAUCGGGCCAGCCAUGCUAGGACCUAUAUUCUCGCUUGGCGUAAGGGCCGGGUACGUUAUUAUACCCUGGUGGUUCCUCUCCUUUAUUUCUAUCCUUGCUGCAAUCCCAAUCCUGUGGGUUGUUGAACCCGAUGGUUUCCAGGGCCAGAGUUCGGAUGAACCAGAGCCAGAAGAAGUGGAACAAAACACUAUCGAAGACACUUGUCCCACUAAACACCAGGAAAGCGAAACGAGGAAUUAG